AUGUUUUUUCUCUUGUUUCUUCUGACCCCAUUGGCAUUGGCCGUCUCGUCGGCGUUGGCAGACAGCAGGACGCUCGUGCUGUACGAUUCGCGACUGCCCGAGUUCACCACGCAGUAUUCCAAGCUUUUCCAGACGCUGGAGAGCAAAAACUUCGACCUGGAGCUGGGCCUGGUGGGUCCAGACUCCCCGUCGCCAGAUUUGUUCACCAACGGAUUCAGACGGUACCAGAACAUUCUGGUGCUGCCAACCACGUCCAGAGACCUCGUCCCAACAGAGACGCUGCUCCAGUUUGUCCAGGACGGCGGAGAUGUGUUUGUGAUCUCCGACAACAAGGGCAUCCAAACCGACGUUGCUUUGUUCCUGAACGAAUUGGGCAUUUUCCCAAGUCCAAAAGAGUACAAAUAUAAAGACUAUCACAACGGAGAAACACUUGACGACCCCGAGGUGCAGAACACCGUGGUGCUGCCGUCGGCAAAGUCCAUCUCGUACACCGACGGGUCGGUGGCUUUGCUGUCCAACAGCGAGCUGCUGGUGCCGGUGGUUCGCGCGCCUCGCACGUCGUACACGGUGAACGUGGACGAGGGCCGUCUGAGCACAGACUCCACGUGGCACUCAGGGUCGCAAGGGUUCUUGUUUGUCGGGUUCCAAGGACUGAACAACGCCCGUGUGUUCUGGACGGGCUCGAGCGCCAGUUUCCACGACGCCUCGUUCAACGAGGAGGUUGUGGACGCGCUCGUGAACUGGACGUUCCAGAUCUCCGGCCUGAUCAAGGCCACCUCCACCAAGCAUUACAACGAGAACGGCGACGCCGGCUACAAGAUCAAAGACACAACCACUUACGAGAUCGGGCUUUCGCACUGGAACGGCGACCAAUGGGUGCCGUUCAAGAACCGCACAGACGUGCAGCUCGAGUACGUCAUGCUCGACCCAUACUACAGACUGAACCUGGUCCCUACUCGCGAGGAGAACUCGUCGCAGAUCUACUCCACCACGUUCCAGAUUCCAGACCGCCACGGCAUGUUCACCUACAAAGUGCUCUACCAGCGCGACGGGUACAGUUUCGUGGACGAGUCCACCACGGUGCCCGUGAGACACCUCGCGAACGACGAGUACCCGCGGUCCUGGGAGAUCACCAACUCGUGGGUGUACCUGAGCAGUGCUCUGGCCGUGGUCAUUGGGUGGUUUGCGUUCGUGGUUCUGUUUGUGUUCUCGGGCAACAAGCACUUCGACAAGGAAAAGACAGAAUGA